AUGGAACCAUCAUUUGUUGAACAACAGUUGAACAUUUCUCAGUCUAAUAAAACAAGCAUUCUUGGCUUGCCGUGGGAUUGCGACAAAGAUACUUUGAGCGUGACGUUUCCAAAGAAGAUCAGCGAAGAACCCACGAAACGCAGAAUUUUUGGAAAAUUAGCGAAGGUGUACGACCCAUUUGGAUUAGUUUCCCCUGUCACCCUCGAAGGCAAGGUCAUCUAUCGAAACGUGUGCGAUUCGAAACUGAGCUGGGAUACACCUAUACGCGAAUCACUGUUGAAAGAAUGGUUGAAGUGGGAAGAUUCCUUACCCAAGCACGUCACCUUUAA